AUGGAGGGUCAGAAUGUAACCAAGAUAACUGAGUUUCUCUUCACUGGGCUGGAGGCCAAUCAUUCACAGGUUCCAUUUCUUUUCAUACUGUUUGUGCUGGUUUAUUUGAUAACAGUUGUGGGGAACAGUGGCAUGGUGGCUCUGGUCUGUAACACUCCUCAUCUCCAGACUCCCAUGUACUUCUUCCUUGCUUCUCUCUCCAUGGUGGACCUCUGCUACUCCUCUGUUAUUACUCCUAAAAUGCUGGCUGACCUUGUUUGUAUAAUAAAAUCUAUCUCAUUUAUUGGCUGUGCUCUUCAGUUCUUCUUCUUUGCGGCCUUGGCUGUCAUUGAAGCUCUUCUUCUCUCGUUCAUGUCGUAUGAUCGAUACGUGGCCAUAUGUCACCCCCUUCACUAUAGCUCGAUCAUGACCAAGAACAAGUGUCUUUGGCUCAUUCUUGUUUCUGUUUCUGUUGGAUUCUCUCAGUCAUCAGUACAGACCAAAUGCAUAUUCAGCCUCAAGUUCUGCAGACUGAACCAGAUAGACCAUUUCUAUUGUGAUGUUCCUCCUCUGCUGAAGAUCUCCUGCUCAGAAACAUUUCAUUGUGACAUGGUGACAGUUUUCUUCAUCUGCUGCUUUGGUGUUGGGUCAAUGGUAAAUAUUCUUGUUUCCUACACGCUAAUUGUUUCAUCAAUCCUACAGAUGAAGUCUGCUACAAACAGAGGCCGGGCCUUUAGCACUUGCUCUUCUCACCUUACUUGUGUUUGUAUCUUCUACUGCACCGUAUUCUUCAUAUACCUGCGGCCUCCUUCCAGCAGUUUUGAUAAACAAGACAAAGUGGCCUCUGUCUUCUACACAGUGAUCAUUCCAAUGCUGAAUCCUCUGAUAUAUAGCCUGAGGAACCAAGAGGUGAAAAGGGUGUUAUACAGACUCAUCACACAAUGCUUCUCCACAAUCCUGUAA